CUGUCAUGUUUCAACUGUGCACAGCCGAGGACGGCAGUCGUAAACAAACAGUCCGGCCGGCCUCACGUCAGAAGCAGACCACCUUGCCCACCACUUUCUCCGCCCUCUCUCAUGGCCGUCGAACCACUGCUGGCCACCCGGCCUCAACGGGCUUUCAUCAUGACCAGUGAGCGCCUACAGGCUCUCGUUGUCCUGACGAUGGUGGCUAUCGUUUUUCGCAAGGUGGAGAACGAAGUGUCUUUCAGCGGCGGUUACAAGACAUUACCAUGCUACCUUGCGCUAUUCGCUUUGGCCGAAGUUUUCGAGUUGAUCAUGGCAUUCGAUGCGCUGAGGCUGCGGAACGUCAUUCAAUUGGCUGGUAUCCUCCUGUUCCACAUGGCUCUGAUCGUAUUCGCCGCCGUUCAAAUCCACGAAACCAAAGCAGCUCUCGUCGGGGCCGUUGACUGCGUCAGCGAUCCCAGCCAGAAACUCUGUCGCCUCUGGAUUUCCGUCCAACCUUUCCUCAUCGUUGUCCCUUGCAUCAUUGCCGCUGCUUGGUUCAUCAUGAUGUUCUGGAUCAAAGAAUUGUACUCGGAGUUCGGCUGGGCCAUUUUCCACGUGGUUGGAGCGAACCCCAAAAUGAAAAGAAUGUACCAGUGGUAUCAGAUCAUGCUCUGUGCCCUGAAGUUCGAUUUCUUUUUCUUCAUUGGGGUGACGAUGCAGUUGCUCAUCGUCGUCUUGUCGCGAAACAGUGCUGAGUUUGGAGUGACGAUUGCUGCUAUUCCAGUCGUGCUUAUCUUGCUCGCGCUCUGUGGGACCGCUGUGAAGAGGGAGAUCAAAUGGCUCAUGUCAAUCUCUCUGGUGAUGAUGUUGGCCGCUGAGAGUUACUUAGUGUACAAGCUGGUCAGGAUAUACUCUCCUUCAUCUCGAGAUGAUUACGCAACGACCCGAGCCUCCUUGACCAUAUUCACCAUCGUUGCUUUCCUGCUUCUUUUCGCGACGUUUGCUGUCGGCCUGCGCUGUUUCGCCGACUUCGACAAAGGCCUACUGCCGUCCAAAGUCAAUGAUGUGCCCGGGAGACCCCGAUACUCACAGACGGAAACUGCAGGGAAUGCCAAGGAUCAAAACGGCUCUUAUUAUGGUGGCGCUCCCGUGUCUCAGCGCAUAUCCAUAGAAUGAUUCCAUUCUCUACGAUCUAUCACGCAUUGCAUACUGUACCAUCAUUUUCAUCUCACUAUACCAUCUGAACCGGGGAGGCUUUCGAUCGUAAUUAUGCUUUCUACUAUCUAGAUGGACUCUAUGAUAUGCCCUUAUACUACAGGGAAUCUCGGGACUUACUUAGUGUCGGCAGCCAGAUUUGGAUAAUUGCAUCACAGCUUUUCACGUCAUACCAUGUCCAGCCCCAAAUACGAGAAGAGGCCGUUGUGGCUAUCUUUCAUGGAGAGGACCAAUUUCACGGUCACUGGACUGACGGCACUGGCCAUAGUUCUGACGCGCUCAGCGGGCGUCGCAUUUUUCGGCGCCGGGGCACUCACGUGCACACUCUCGGUCAAGUACAUCCUCAAGAGGAUUAUCCGGCAACCGAGACCAGCAUUUGGCACGAAGACGACGUACGGGAUGCCCAGCACCCAUUCAGCGACCAUCGGGUAUUACGGGACGUACGUGACCUUGGCGAGCAUAUACCUGCCGCUGCAUCCCUCCAUAUCCAUUGGCGAAUGGGCUCGCGUUGCCGCUCCCGUGAUAGUCGUUCCGUGGGCGGCCCUCAUCGCGACAUCGCGCAUUCUGCUGGGGCAUCACACGAUCGCGCAGGUCGUCGUCGGCGUUGCUUAUGGGAUGUUAUUUGCGGGAAGCUGGUUGCUACUUUGGAUGGGGGGAGCGAGAGAGUAUGGGCCCGCAGUCGAGGAGUUACUCAACCUUAGAUUUUGAUCUUCUAUCAAUCUGAUUAUCACGUCCUUCACACACCUCUCAUCGCACUGCCACCCAAGGAUCAUUGGCGUCAUGGCCAAAAAGAAAGCUGGAAACGCUGCAAGCAAAGCGGCCAAGAAGGCUAAAGCUGCCCAGAAAACAGAGAAGUCUGUCAAGAAGAAGACGAACAAGCAGAAGAAAGCAGACGACGAAGACUCCGAUGACGAUCUAGAGGGCAUUCUCGAAAAGAUGCGUCUGGAAUGGGAAGAGGCUCACAAGGUGACCGAGGAACUCGCUGAUGGUCCGCCAUCUCGACGCGCCAAUGCGACUCUAACAGCUUGUCCCAAUGGAGGACAGCUCUGGUGCAUCGGCGGCGAAUACUUCAGCGAAGACGGCAAGGCGUAUUUCUACUCAGACGUCUAUCGGUAUUCACCUGAAAAGGACGAAUGGAGACGAUUUGUGUCACCACAUUGUCCGGGACCGCGUUCGGCGCACGCCGUCGCAGCCUCGCCCGCAGGCGGAGGUAAACUCUUCUUAUUUGGUUCUGAAUUCUCCUCUCUACACCAGACCUCGUUCCACCAUUACCGAGACUUUUGGUGCUUUGAUAUCUCAACACACACCUGGGACCGUGUCGAAACGAAAAUUGUGCCCAGCGCCCGAUCUGGGCAUCGGAUGGCCAUUUGGAAGCACUUCAUUGUCCUUUUCGGUGGCUUCUAUGACCCGGGGAGAACAACUCGAUACCUGCAAGAUCUUUGGGUCUUUGAUCUGCAGGAGUACAAGUGGAGGCAGAUUGAAUUCAGAGAGACGGAUGCCAAACCUUCGCCCCGGAGUGGCUUCUCAUUUCUAUCUGCACCCGAGGGUAUCCUAUUGCACGGUGGAUACUGCAAGGAAUACAUCAAAGGUAAACGACCAGUGGGUGUGAUGCUGGAAGAUACCUGGUUCCUCAACUUGUCUCUCGUCACUGCUGACUCAGCGGCGAGCCAGCCCAAGUCUGCGAAUGGGCCUUUGAUCGCAAAAUGGGAGCGCCGGAAACGGCCGUCGACGAGCUACGCCCCUGCGCUUCGCUCCGGCUGCACGAUGACCAUGUGGACCGCAAAGAAUACGGGUGUACUUUUCGGUGGGGUAACUGACGAGGACACCGGUGAAGAAUCCAUGGAAAGUACAUUCUGGAAUGAUCUGAAUGGCUAUCAACUGACUGGAAGGGCAGAUGGCUCUCGAUGACUCUCAAGCGACCAAAGAAACCCGGAGGAAAGAAGAAAGCACCGGUGGUGCAAAACGGCAGCGAUGACGACGAGCGGGCGCCAGACCCCGUCGACCUCGAUGAUCCAGUGCUGACCACACCAGUCGCACGAUACAAUGCCAUGCUUGCCAUCCUUCGGAACACAUUGUACAUCUACGGAGGGAUCUAUGAGCGGGGGAAGAGAGAAUAUACUUUGGAUGACUUUUAUUCCAUCCAACUCGACAAAAUGGACCGCUACGUCUGUCUGAAGCAGAGUGCUCUCGUAUUAUUGGAUGACGACGAGGAGAGUAGCGAGGAUGACGACGAUGGAGACAGUGACGAUGACGAUGAAGACAGCGACGACGAGGAGAACGAGGAGCAGCAGCCUGAUCCAGUCGUGGAGAAUACCAUUGACUCAGACGCCACCGACGAGGACGAGAAUUCUCUGCGGGUCCAAGCAACAGCAUUCAUGGGAAUAUCCAAGGAACGGACUGCCGAAGAGGCACUUCGCACGCCUCUUCCAGGGGAGACCCUUGCUAUGUUCUACGCGCGCUCACGACUCUACUGGGCUCAGGUCGCGCUUGGGAACACAGACAACCAAGGAAAACAACUUCGCCGCGAUGGAUUUGCGCUUGCUCAACAGACGUACGACGAGUACAAGCCCAUAUUAAAAGAGGUGGAAAAAAUCCUUGCCGAGGCUGGACUUGACGAAGAGGAAAUCAGGCAAUCCGCAGCAGGCGGUGGAGUCAAAGGAGAUUCCAGUCGUUACAGGCGCUGAUUCAUCAGUACUAUUUGUGCUUACGAACUGACAUGCGUGACGAUUGAUGUGACGAUACGCGUUUGUGACACCUAAGCUCGUAUUCCACAACCGUGACCAGCAUGGACGGUGAAGAUCCUAUAACCCAAUUCUUCCCUGACCAAGAGUCAGUCGAUCUCUAUGCUGUGCUUUCUCUCACUAGCUCCGCUUCAUCCGACGAGAUAAGGAAAGCUUACCGUCGCCUCGCUCUCCAACACCACCCAGACAAAUUGACUACAGCCACCGACGAGAGGAAAGCCGAAGCUGCUGUCAAGUUCCAGCAGAUAGGCUUCGUGUAUGCGGUCCUCAGCGACGAGAAAAGACGGGAGCGCUAUGACCGGACGGGCAAAACCGACGAGGGAUUCGAUGAUGUGGCAGAGGAUGGCUGGGAAGCGUAUUUCGAAGACCUCUUCGAUCGCGUCACGCGCGGCAAAUUGGACGAGAUGAAGAAAGAGUACCAAGGGUCAGACGAAGAGCUUGAGGAUCUCAAAGCCGCAUACGUAGAGACGGAGGGUUCAAUCUCCGAUAUCAUGACCUACAUCCCUCAUUCGACAUUCGACGACGAGCCGCGAUUCAUCGUGGCUAUUACUCGACUGAUCAAAGAGGGUGCGCUUGAGUCUCUGGCUGCGUGGGAAGCUGGCGUCAAGGACGAAAAGGCUAAACUGGUGAGAAAGAAGCAGGGGGAGAAGGAGGCAGAGGAAGCGGAGCAGAUGGCGAAGGAGCUGGGAGUGUGGGAUGAAUUCUACGGGAGCGGGAAGGCGACAGAGCGUCAGAGUCGCGCCAAGGGCAAAGGGAAGGCAAAGCAGACGGCCGCGGAGGACGAGGAUGGGGACGUGUCGGCGCUGCAAGCUCUGAUUCUGAAAAAGCAGAAGAAGAGCGCGAAUUUCUUCGACAGUUUGGCCGAAAAAUACGCAGAGCCGGAACCCAAGGCCGCUCGGAAAGGGAAGGGGAAGAAACGGACCAGUGAUGACCUUGAGGAGGCAUCAGCAUCGUCACGGAAGAAACAACGAGUUGCUCCGCCCCCGAUCGACGGCGAAGAGUUCGAGAAGCUUCAGCAGAAGCUAUUGGGCGACAAGCCCCGCUCAUCUGCCAAAUCCAAGACGAAAAAGAGCAAAUCGUGAGGCGCCAAUUGGAAACUGGAAUGUGUGCAGAUGGUAUAUCUCCGACGAAUGUUGUACAUUGUAAAUACAGAUGCAAGUGAGGUUAAAC